CUGAACGUAGAGGGACCGCGGCGUUGCCAGGACAACGAAACGCCAAACAACCUAGGAAACCCAGCGUCAUCUUAGGUUAACAACGGCUAAUUACUCGCUCCUGACGACCGUGCAUCGAAAUGAAAUGCAAGUUAAUUAAUCCAAAAUUGUUAACGCAUUAACGAGUUAGGAGGCUUUAGUUCAAAAAAAGGCGGGAAUCGACGAAAGCACCGCAAAUAUGAGUCGUAACUGGGCGUACAGCCAGCAGCAGAGGUUAAUGUCUCAGCGCCAGAACCAGGAGCAGCUCAGGCAGCAGGAGGCCCGGCGUGUGGACAGAGAACGGCAGCUGCAGGCCGGUGUGCGGGACGAGCAGAACUAUGAGAAGAGGAGAUACCUGCGACAGGUGCAGGACGAACUCAAGGAGAGGCAAACGGAGACCGCUCUGCUGAAGGCAGAGGAGGAGAAAAUAAAUCGAGAAAAGCAACUUGAACAAGAGGAGAGAAUGGCUAAAGAGCUGGCCCGCAUCAACUAUGAGACCCAAAGAGAAGAGAAAAUGAGGCAGUAUAUUAAAGAGAACAGCAUUGAGCUUCGAGAGCUGGAGACAAAGCUGAAGUCUGCAUAUGUGAAUAAGGAAAGAGCUGCACAGAUUGCUGAGCAGGAAGCUAUGAGGUUUGACACAAUGCGUGAGGAGGCGGACUUAGCUCGCAAGAUGAAGAGUGAACGUGAGCGAGCCGCCGUCGAGAAGCAGAAGCUGGAGCAGAAACGCCACGAGGAGCUGGCGCAGUAUCAGAGACAGCUGGAGCAGCAACUCGUGGAGAGGGAGCGCAAGAGACAAGAGGCAUACGAGGAGUUCCUCAAAGAGAAACUCAUGGUCGAUGAGAUUGUCAGGAAGAUUUACGAGGAGGAUCAGAUGGAGAGACAGCUGAAACUGGAGAAGGUCAAAGCCACUCAGCAGCACAUUGAAGAAUUCAAGAAACAGCAGGCCGAGUGGAGGCGCAUGGAGCAAGAAAAGAUCGAGGCAGAGAACAAACGCAUCAUGGAGUUUGCGAGCCAUCAGGAGCACAUGGAGGAGAACAGAAUGGCUAAGAUCAAAGAGAGAGAAGAAGCUAAGGAGCAUCUUCAUAAAAUACUGUCUGAGAAGAUCAAAGAGGAGAGGCAGCAGCGUGAGGAGAUGGAGCGAGUCCGGGAGGAACUUUAUUUAGAAGAACAAGAAGAGGCUAACAGGCAGAGAGACCUUGAAGAGAUGGAGAAGAAAAUCCGACAGAGGCUGAUGAUGCAGCAGACCUGCCAGCAGCAGAUGGCUUUCAAAGAGAUGCGGAGGCAGGCCGAGAAAGAGGAAGAGGAAGCCUUCAGGAAGAUGAUGAUGGCUAAGUUCGCAGAGGACGAUCGGCUGGAGCAGAUGAACGCUCAGAAACGACGCAUGAAGCAGCUUGAGCACAGGCGCGAGGUGGAGAAACUGAUCGAGGACAGAAGACGGCAGCACGAGGCUGACAUGGAGCUGGAGGCUAAGGAGAGAGCGAUUGAGCAGGAGAGGGAGGCGCUGCGUCGGCAGAUAAUUGAAGAGGAGAGGCAGCGACUUCUUAAACGCCACGCAACAAAACUCCUUGGAUACCUACCGAAGGGCUUGCUCCGUGAGGACGACCUGGAGCACUUUGAUGAAGACUUCAGAAAAAACUUUAAAACACGGCAGGCAGACAUCUUUUCUGACGACGGCUGGGAAGGCGACGAUUCAUUUUUUAAUUAAUUAAAUUGAAUUGCAUACUAUGGCACUAUACAUGGCAGUUUAAGGUUACAGUGUGCUAAGACGCAAUUCUUUGUGACAACAUUCUUCAUUUCUCAGAAUUCAUGAUUGUUUAGCAUUCAUAUAUAACAAAAUCAUCUUAGGACAUGUUUUCAUUUAUUAGGAUUUCAGUUGACAGGAUAAUUAAAAUCAUUCCAGAAAAGAUGUGAGGUUGUCCGGUGGCUAAAUGUGAUCAUAAUUGUGAGACAAAUCUCUAAAUUCCCUCUGAAUUCCAGGUCUUCUAUACUUCUGAACCUCUCCGUGUUUCUGACCUCCCCCAGUCUAGAGCUUUCAUGAACUCUUCUUCUGUGAACGACAGCAGCUUAGCAGCUUCCAAAUGCAUCUGCACAAAAAGCAAA